AUGGCUGCACGGGUGGCCCUGCUGCUGGGGGUGCUGCUGGUCACCCUCCACUUUGGGCAUGCAGCUCUCCUGGAAGCCAAUGGCAACCUGAGCUGCCGCUGUGCCAAGACCACCAGGAUCUUCAUCCCCCCCCGGAGGUACAGCAGCGUCGAGGUGCGGCCCGCGGGGAGCAGCUGCCGGCGCCUCGAGGUGGUGAUUAAGCUGAAAAGCCUGGAGAGGGUCUGCGUGGAUCCUGACAGCCCCUGGGUGAAGAAGCUCCUGCAGGACCUCCCUAACCUGAGGAGGAAGCAGGCUGCCCGCUGAGGAAGCUGCCACCAGCUGAAUGGCCAGACGUGCCCGGGCCUCCCCCACCCCACUGCCACCAUGCUCCAGUGCAGAGGGACCCAUA